GACAGCGCUGUCUCGCCUUCUAUUUUGGUUGUCUGAGUUCAUCGCUUUCGUUCGUUUCGACUACCUGAAUCGGUGUCGCGCGGCGUUCGCGAGCGCCACCUGCUCGUUAGUAGCUGCGUGCUGGCGCUGUGGCUUCUGUACGGCGCUGUGCUGCUGUGGGCUCGACGAGCAGACCAGCGGGACGAAGUGUACAACACGGUGACCGACCUGCAACAGAACCUGCCCACCGACCAGCAGCCCUACAUCGUCACCAUCAUCACCGGCUUCCGUCGCAAUGCCGGCACCACCAGCAAGGUGUGGCUGCAACUGGUGGGAUCGGAGGGCUCGUCUCGCACGUUCCUCAUGAAAGACGAGAACGUGAAUCCGGGCACGCUGCAGCGCAAGUCCGAGGACUACUUCCUCGCCACCACCGAGCGCGCUCUGGGCGAGAUCACCGAAGUCGUCUUCACCCUCGAGGCCCGCGGCAACCACGCUCCGUGGUUUCUGCACACCGUCGUGGUGCAGGACAUGCUCGAAGAUCUGGUCUGGGUGUUCUUUGUCGAGCAGUGGCUGCAGCCAGAAGAAGGAGACCAAGAUCAGCCCAAGAGUUUCCGCUUCCGACCAGCCGACGGGCAGCAGCAGGCCGACUUCUGGACGCUUUUUCGGCGUCGUCUACAGCGCCAUUUUUUCACGGGCCACACGUGGUUCAACGUGAUCGCGCGCUACCGGAGCUCCAAGUUCACGCGCGCACAACGUGUCACCUGCGCGCUGUUCGUAAUCCUGUCGGCCAUGAUGUUCAACGUCAUGUACCACGACGUCGACACGAGCUCGGACGGCGAGCACCUGAGCUUCUUCGAGGUUCCCGUGCACCUCAACGACUUCUUGCUAGGACUCCAGGUGAGCCUGGUGACGGUGCCACUAGGCGUGUUCGUCAUCUUCGUGUUCAGCAACUGCCGUCCAAGGCCUCUGAGCGCUGCGCCCGAGCGCCGAAGGCCGCGCAUCUCGCUGUUCAGUUACCUGGACAACUUAUCGCACAACUACUCCGAGUCGCGCAGCGAGCACCGCACUCAGAUGCUGCAGGAGUAUGCUCGGCUUGUGCGCGAAGGGCGUCGGGGCCUGCUUCCCUGGUGGUUCCAGCUGGUCGGCUGGGUGGUGGCGCUGGCCGGUUCCCUGGUGUGCUCGGUGGUGAUCUGCCUGUACGGCUUCUCGUACGGCGACAAGCGCUCCAAGGAGUGGCUCUUCCGCUCGCUCACGGGCCUGCUUCACAACGAGAUCAUCCUGGAGCCGCUCAAGGUGAUUCUCAUCUCGGCGUGCCUCGCCCGACUCAUCCCGAGGCCACCCGAAGUCGACGACUACAGCAUCCGGAACACGCUCACCGAGCUACCGGAAGAUCUGAGGCCGUGACCCGAGGCUGUCCUGUCCGACGUCGUGACGCCGUCGGCGGCUGGGAAUUGGGAGCGCUCGAUGGACGGCGGCGCAC